UCAGGAUACGGGCCAUGGAGACUUUUGAAGAAAGGCGAAGAAUGGUCAUCAGGGAGCGCUGUCAUCGAAUGGCUAAUCGAGAGGAACCAAAGGAUGGGAUUUCCUUGAAGUUUAAGUUCCCUGAUGGUUCAGUGAAGAUAGGCAAAUUUAGUGAAUCUGAGCCAGUUCAGGUUCUGUUUGACUUUAUUGGUCAAGUUGAGGAAGCCAGUGAAGUUUUUAAGUUGCAGGAGGCCACUUGUAGCACAUCCAUUGAAAGCACCUCACGUGGUGUUAUUUCGCAGCAAGGGAUCAGAACAAACUCCACAUUCUAUGUACUUUGGAUGUCAAGCGCAGAUGUUGAGGAAUCGAUUUCCAAUCAUAUGGACACUGAACAGCCACCAAUUACAGUGACCUCCUCUGAGCUAUUGUGGAAUCCACAAGGUCCUCCUUCUUCCAGCCAAAUACCAGACUUGGCCUGCAUGCCAAUUCUGAUAGAGGAUGAUGAAAGUGAGGUCCCUGUCUCGCCUGGCUUUCAGAAUCCUGAGACUCACUUUUUACUGUCUCCACAAGAGGAAGCUAUGAAUGAAGUUAAUCUGCAAACCAUUUUGUCCAAACUGGUCAGAGGAGUGGACUUCAGUAUGUGUCCAACCAGCAAUCAGAUAAAUGUCUGCAGGCACAACAUCCCUCAAGGCAGCCUGAAAGCAUUCCAGCGUCAACGCUUCAACCCAAAGGCAAAACUCGACGUGGUCUUUGUUGACGAAGAGAUGAAUGCAGAGGGGGCAGUGGAUGAAGGAGGCCCCACAAGAGAGUUCCUGAGACUACUCCUGAAAGCGAUCCAUGGUUGCUGCGUCUUUGAAGGCCAUGAAAAAGAUCGACACCUGGCACUGAGUACAGAAGCAUUGGAGACAAAGAUGUACUUGUUUGUUGCCAAAAUGAUUUCGGUAUGUGUUGUUCACGGAGGAGUUGGCCCCCAUUUUUUCUCGGAGAGGCUGUAUCAGCAGAUUUGUGGGCUACCAACAGCCCCUGUCAAAGUGGAAGAUGUCAGCGAUCAUAAACUCCGGGAGCAGCUGAUGAAGGUACAAGAAGCUGAAACUAUUGAGGAGGCAAACAUUGCCGUUGAAGAAGCAGCUGAUAGCCUAAACAUCAUAGGUUCCCUUAGACGUGUCACUAAAAUGGAAGAAAAGGACUCCCUGGUUCGCUCUGCUGUCGAGUUCCUCAUGAAUGGACGAAUGAGGGAUGCUACUGACCAGUUUGUAGAGGGCUUCAAAACUCUUGGUUUACUCGAAGAGCUCCAGAAGCACCCUACAGUUUUCCAUGACCUGUUUGUCUGUGAAGAAAAGCCACUCACAGCCAAGGACCUGAGCAGCCUUUUCACAGUAGCCUUCUCUGUGCAGGGCAGCAAUCGACGGGUUCAGGAGAACCAGUCAAUAUGCUUUUGGAGAGACUGGUUAAUAGAUAUUGAAGAAGAGGAAGCUGGUCCCAUCACCCUUGAGACAGUCCUGGAGUUCACUUCUGGAGCCUCAGCAGUUCCCCCACUUGGAUUUCCCUAUCAGCCACAGAUUCAGUUUCUGCACGACCACACUAAAAUCUACCCAGAAGCAAAUACUUGUGUUGUUGUACUUUAUCUGCCGAUACACUCUUCCUAUGAAGCUUUUAAAAAAUACAUGAUGGAAGGAAUUUUGCAAGCUCCAACCUUUGGAGUUGCAUAAAUUUUCACUUAUGUGACAAUAAAAGGUCACAUAAAU